UCCUUGAAAUAUCAUUCUUCUCUGAGCAUCAGCAAUAUCAGCAUCACAAGCAAUUUUUGCUGUCAUCCCAGAUAUACUCAAGCACUAUCAUCAUGCACUUCUACAAGAUCUUCGUCUUCGUUGCCCUAAUCCUCGCCAUUAGCAUGGGACAGUCACAGGCCGGAUGGCUGAAGAAAAUUGGCAAGAAAAUCGAACGCGUUGGCCAGCACACUCGGGAUGCCACUAUCCAAGGUCUGGGAGUUGCUCAACAAGCAGCCAAUGUAGCAGCCACUGCUCGAGGAUGAAGGAACUUUUAGGACCCGACCCUAAUUGUAAACAUUUAAGCUUAUAUUAUUAAACUAUAUUUCUUGAAUUAAGUAAAUAAAUUAUUUUCAAAAUAA